AUGCUGUAUGCCUGCGAAGUUGAAAUUCAUCCGAGACGCUGGUAUCACUUUUGUCGGCGAUUUGCAACGAAAGCGCUCGCUCGAUCGUAUGCUAUGAGACUACCACCCUCGUCGACACUUAAUGACGUCAUAUAUCGAGAUUGUGAGGUACGUUUAAAAGUACUCUGGUCAAAUCUUGAACAGUGGAUACCAUGUGAGGCAAUUUACUUCGGUCCAGGUCACCCAAAGAAUGAGAAUCACAUCGUGUUUUGUGGCCAAUAUAAAAGCAAACAUGGCCAUUGUCAUUAUACAUCAGAACCCGUGUAUCUUAAUGACUCGUGGUUUGCCUGGCUGUUUCACGAUUCGAAGUCCGAUAAAUGGGGAGAACAUUUUGAGACUAACGAUUGCACUACGAACGAACCAUCGUCUGAAAUGAUUGCGGAAUUUUUCAAGGAUGUUGAAAAUGCUCUAGAACAUGGGACAAUUGAUGUGUGCUCAACAUUUUAUAAACUUCUUUCUGAUCACCAACUCAUUCAUUUAAUUAGCAAUCCACGCUCGGACUCUGACCGGUUCAUUUGCUAUUGUUGCCUUACCAAUGAAAACUCUUCGAGUCACAGGACACGAAGACAAAUUUUGGGUAAAACUAUUAAUCAUCGACGAAUUUUUUGCUCAAGUUGUCUUCGUAAACUAAGACAACUAAAAUCAAAAACGGAUGACAUCGGCUAUCGUACACGUGUAGUGCCCAAAUACGAUGAUAAAUGUGCCAGUUGCGCAACUGAAAAACGACAUGCUGCAUUCUAUCCCUGCGGACACUACGGAUUUUGCCGUGCAUGUGCGAUGAAAAUGGAGGUUGAACCUGCUGUAUGCCCUGUGUGCAGAAGUCAGAUUAAAAAGGUCGUAAAAAUCUUGAAUGUUCAGGACAAGUUUGUCGGUAUGAACGAACCCAAUAUUGAACUUUCAGGUGAAGCAACUGAAGGUGAAGGUGACGCUCAUUCUGCUUUACGUGAGGAUGACUGUGUGUAA